AUGGCGAGUUCAUGUUUCCAUGCAUUUCGUCUUCGAAGAACGAAGAGCAAACCAUUAAGAAUCCCUUCCUCAUCAAAAUCCCGUUUGAAUUUAGAAAUGGAGAACUUAGAGAGGAAGAGAUUUGACAGCUUGGAGUCAUGGUCAAUGAUAUUGGAAUCUGAGAAUGUAGAGACUUGGGAGGUAUCAAAGGAAGAUCAGGAAGAGUGGACUGCUGACCUUUCACAGUUAUUUAUAGGCAACAAGUUUGCCUCUGGAGCUCAUAGUAGGAUUUAUCGUGGAAUUUACAAGCAGAGAGCUGUUGCUGUAAAAAUGGUGAGAAUUCCAACCCAAAAGGAGGAGACUAGAACUUUGCUUGAACAGCAGUUCAAAAGUGAAGUUGCUUUGCUUUCGCGUCUCUUUCAUCCCAAUAUAGUGCAGUUCAUUGCAGCUUGUAAAAAGCCACCCGUGUACUGUAUCAUCACAGAAUACAUGUCACAAGGAACUCUGAGGAUGUAUCUCAACAAGAAAGAGCCAUACUCACUUUCAACAGAAACAAUACUGAGAUUAGCUCUUGAUAUAUCACGAGGAAUGGAGUAUCUUCAUUCCCAGGGAGUCAUCCACAGAGAUCUGAAAUCAAAUAAUUUGCUUCUAAAUGAUGAAAUGCGGGUUAAGGUUGCUGAUUUUGGUACAUCGUGUCUAGAAACACAGUGCCAAGAAACGAAAGGGAACAAGGGAACCUACCGCUGGAUGGCACCGGAGAUGAUCAAGGAGAAACCUUGUACUCGGAAAGUUGACGUGUAUAGUUUUGGGAUUGUGUUGUGGGAGCUAACUACAGCUUUGCUUCCCUUUCAAGGAAUGACCCCUGUGCAAGCUGCAUUUGCUGUGGCAGAGAAGAAUGAGCGGCCGCCACUACCUGCUAGUUGUCAGCCAGCACUUGCGCACUUGAUAAAGCGCUGCUGGGCAGCCAAUCCCUCCAAGCGACCAGAUUUCAGUUACAUUGUUUCUGCUUUGGAGAGGUACGAUGAAUGUGUCAAAGAGGGCCUUCCUCUUACUUCACACUCGGGCCUAGUCAAUCGGAAUGCCAUUAUUGAACGCUUGAAAGGCUGUGUUACAAGCAAUAAUGGGGUUGUAGGUGGUGUAAAUUUGUUGAUUAAAGAGCUGCCUAAAAAGGCAACUGGGUCACAUGGCAUCGAGAAAAGCAAGACGAUAUGA